AUGCCGGCCGAAGUGCCGGUAUAUGUGUUGAUGGGAACGUGCGGUUGCGGUAAAACCACUUACGCCGAGGCACUGGUCAAAGAGUUUGGCUGUCAUUCUAUAGAAGGCGAUCGCUUACACCCGACGGCUAACGUCGACAAAAUGUCGGCCGGAAUACCGCUGACCGACGACGACCGGUGGGGUUGGCUGUCAGACAUUCGCCACACUUAUGUGCAAAAGGCAUCGCAAAUAGUGGCACAGGGACUGAGCGGCACGAGUGGCCUCAUUAUAGUCACCUGUUCCGCUCUGCGGUUAGUUUACAGGGAUUUACUGCGAGAUGUGCCCAAAGGGUCGUGUCGUGUGGUGUUUGUCUACUUGAAGGGUAGCUACGAGUUGAUCGACACUUGA